UUCAGCGUAGUGGCAGAAAACUUCUCCGCAUCAGUGUGCACACGUAGACCUGCUGUUUGUUUGUGUGGGAGGUUGAAGAUGGUCAGAAAGCGGUCAACUUAAUAUCGACAGACAUUUUUUUUCCCCAGAAGCAGAGGAAGGUGGAUAUAUGCGACAAACGCGCCGCUAACUCUCGGUGAAGAAGACACAGCUCCAGCAUUUUCUCUCUGACUGAUACGAGACUGCGGCUGGCGAAAAGCCCGCUUUGAACAUCGAUAAUGUGGGAACAGGAGGAAUUUGAGAAACACUGGAGGAAUGAAUUUCCAGACGGAAAAGUCCCACAAAUGGCGCUGAACUCCGUGGAGGACAUCGAGUCGGAGCUGGAGGCGAGUAAAGCCAACCUGAAGAGGCUCCAGAAGGCUCUGGCGGAGGAGAAAUUCAAGGUGAUCUACCUGCAGACCACCAUGGCUCGGCAGAAGAGAAGCGACCCGGAAAGGUUUGAAGGCAAAGAUGAGAACUGUAACGCUGACACGUUUGGCUUCUCAAAGCCCGGGGAUGUUCAGAAACCGCAGCGGCGGGACUGUGAGGUCGACGGGGCGAGAACCAAGGUGUCCGACCCUGGAGGCGUGAAGCUCCACGCGGCGGCAGGUAACACAGCAGGCGUCAUGAGCUCCUUCGGGCGGGAGCGGGGCAGGUUCAGCGGCAAGACAGGUAAGCCCGUCCCCAUCCCUGUUGUCCCGCUGCGGAAACCCAGCUUUCAGAGAGUGGACCCGACCCCAGCUGUUGUCUCCCAGCCAAAUGACAACGACAUGGGCAGCGACCGAGAAUACGAGGAUGCGGAGCUGAAUGAGAAUUUCGUCAGGAAUAACUUGUUGGCACCAAAGACCGGCGGCAGGGACAACCAGAGGACGUCCAGCGCCUACCGGGACAACCGGGACAACCGACGGCCUUUCCGCCACAGCAGGGACUUUGACUCCGGUGAUGACGGCAGGCUGUCCCCGUCCUUCCCGCAGAUUCACCGCAGAGCCUCCCGAGGCUCCGGGUGCAGCACCCCUGACAGGAGGAGUGAUGGGUACCUGAGCUCCGACCAUGACGACUCCUCAUCUGCAGACUUUAACUACAACACAGAUGGCUACGAGGGGGACGGAGCGGAGGACGGCAAGUCUCAGGAUGGCUCCGAGACGCUGCCCUAUAUAGAUGAAUCGCCCACCAUGUCGCCCCAGCUGUGUGCGCCCCAAGGGCCUGACGGAGAAACGGUCUCCCCCACACCCCCAGAGGGGCUGCUGCCAGGGGGGGACAUAGAGAAAGGACUGGAGAUGAAGAAACUGGUGCUGUCUGGUUUCUUGGCCAGUGAGGAGAUCUACAUUAACCAGCUGGAGGCCCUGCUACUGCCAAUGCGUCCCCUAAAAGCCACGGCCACAACCUCGCAGCCCGUCCUGACCAUCCAGCAGGUAGAGACCAUCUUUUACAAAAUCCAGGACAUUUUUGAGAUCCACAAGGAGUUCUACGACGCCCUCUUACCCAACAUCCAGCAGUGGGACGAGAAGGUCACCGUGGGACAUUUGUUCCAGAAGCUGGCCAGCCAGUUGGGAGUGUACAAGGCUUUUGUGGACAACUACAAAGUGGCGCUAGAGACGGCAGUGAAAUGCAGCCAGGCCAACGGCCAGUUCCAGAAGAUAUCUGAGGGAGAGGACAUGAGGGAUAUGGAGGUGCUUCUGGUCCUCAGACUGUGUUGUAACUGCACAUACGCUCUCCUUUACAAGCCCAUUGACCGUGUUACCAGAAGCACCCUGGUCCUUCAUGACUUGCUGAAACACACUCCUAAGGACCACCCGGACUUCCCCCUCCUGCAGGACGCUCUGCGGAUAUCUCAGAACUUUCUCUCCUCCAUCAACGAGGAGAUCGACCCUCGCAGGACUGCCGUCACCACACCCAAGGGAGAGGCUCGUCAGCUGGUGAAGGAUGGCUUCCUGGUGGAGGUGUCAGAAAGCUCCAGGAAGCUUCGGCACGUCUUCCUCUUCACCGAUUUGCUGCUCUGUGCCAAGAUGAAGAAGACGGCUGUUGGUCGCCAUCAGCAGUAUGAGUGCAAGUGGUACAUUCCUCUGGCAGACUUGACCUUCCAGACCCUGGACGACUCUGACUCCUGCCCCAGUAUCCAGGUCCUGCCCGAGCACGAGAUUGAGGAGAUGAAGAUCAAGAUCUCAGUCUUAAAGAGUGAGAUACAGAAAGAGAAGAAAGCACCGAAGGGUCAGAGUCGCGUGGAGCGUCUGAGGAAGAAGAUGAAUGAGCAGGAGUCGUGGCUGCUCCUGCACUCUCCCACCAUCCCCUUCCGCAUCCACAACAAACAUGGAAAGAGCUACCUGUUCCUCCUCUCCUCCGACUACGAGAGGUCAGAGUGGAGGGAAAGCAUCCAGAAACUCCAGAAGAAAGAUCUCCAGUCCUGUGUAUUAAGUUCUGUGGAGCUCCAGGUCCUGACCAGCUCCUGUUUCAAACUCCGAACUGUCCACAACAUUCCUGUCACCAGUAACAAAGACGAUGAGGAGAUUCCUGGCCUCUACGGCUUUCUGCAUGUGAUCGUCCACUCUGCCAAAGGAUUCAAGGAGUCAGCCAAUCUAUACUGCACCCUUGAAGUGGACUCCUUUGGAUACUUUGUCAGCAAGGCCAAGACCCGCGUCUUCAGAGACACCACAGAGCCUCAGUGGAACGAAGAGUUCGAGAUUGAGCUGGAGGGCUCCCAGUACCUGCGGAUCCUGUGCUAUGAGAAGUGUUAUGACAAAAGCAUGCUGAAUAAGGAUGACAACGAGAUUGUGGACAAGAUCAUGGGAAAAGGACAAGUCCAGCUGGAUCCUCAGACGGUGCAGUCCAAGAACUGGCACAUGGACGUCAUAGAGAUGAAUGGGAUCAAAGUGGAAUUCUCUAUGAAGUUUACGAGUCGGGACCUCAGCUUGAAGAGAACGCCAUCCAAAAAACAGAGUGGGGUGUUUGGAGUCAAAAUCAACGUGGUGACAAAGCGCGAGCGCUCCAAGGUGCCUUACAUCGUCCGUCAGUGCAUUGAGGAAGUGGAGAAGAGGGGGAUUGACGAAGUGGGAAUCUACAGGAUCUCAGGGGUGGCCACGGAUAUCCAGGCCCUCAAAACUGCAUUCGACACCAAUACCAAAGACAUCCUGGUGAUGCUGAGCGACAUGGACAUCAACGCCAUCGCAGGAACACUGAAGCUGUACUUCAGGGAGCUGCCGGAGCCUCUGCUCACCGACCGCCUCUACCCCGCCUUCAUGGAGGGCAUAGCGCUCUCAGACCCGGCAGCCAAGGAGAACUGCAUGAUGCACCUCCUGCGCUCCCUGCCCGACCCCAACCUCAUGACCUUCCUCACUCUGCUGGAGCACCUCAAACGGGUGGCUGAAAAGGAGCCCAUCAACAAGAUGUCCCUCCAUAACCUGGCCACUGUGUUUGGCCCCACUCUGCUCAGGCCCUCAGAGUCAGAGAGCACGAAGGGACAGCACAUCACCUCCGCCUCUGACAUCUGGUCACAUGACGUGAUGGCGCAGGUCCAGGUGCUGCUCUAUUACCUGCAGCAUCCUCCCAUCUCCUUUGCCGAACUGAAGCGCAACACGCUCUACUUUUCCACUGACGUUUAGUCCCCACCCGCCUCCCUCAGGGCGCCAUCUGGAGAGGAGAGCGUGAGAGACUCCAUACAAACCUUGGUCCUCACCACUCGGUCCUCCUGCCUCACCUCUCCGCCCAGCAGGCAGCUCAUCUUGACUGUACAGCCCCCAAAACACACAUCCCUCCUGUCUGCACCCCUGAACCCCCCCCAGUCCUAAAAAGAGAUGGAGCCGAGCACGUAGGGAGGUGGUGAAGGAGAUUUCCUGGUCGUCUAGUAGUCACAUGUCCUGUUUGUAAUGUGAGGAGAGUAGAGCCGCCCCUCCCACCGACAAGACAACAAGGCAUUCUGGGACCACUGCGGAAAAGAUCGAUGGGGGUCCGAGGCCACAGCCUGGUGCGGUGGCACAGGAUCACACCGGUGUGUGUCAUAAGCGAGCCCUGUCCAGACGCUGGUUUGAUGAGUCGACUCAGCUUCUUUUUCCUGAUCAGAGGCAUUCCAGAAAAAAAAAGGCAUUUACAUGUUUAAUAAUUAUGUUCAGCAGCUGUUUUGUUUCCUUUUUUCUGUCUUUCUGGCUUUGUGCAUGUGGUGGAGGAGGCCGGGGUGUGUGAGUGACGAUAUGGAUGUACUUGAGUGAGUGUGUGCGUGCACGUGUGUGUGUCUGUGUGUUUAAGGGACUAUGAGAACUUGUGAGGUGUAGAAGUGGCUGGGAGCCACCCUAAUAAACGGCUGGUGACGUGUCUCUCUGUGCUGACAAACAAGAGAGAGCUGCCCUCCCCAGUGAGUCUUGGCCAAAUUAGCCCUAUUUAUUUUAAAUAUAUAUAAUAUGUGUGCCUGUACAGUUCUGUGCAACUAGAGAAAUGCUCUAAGGAGUCUGUUUUUUGAAGUUUAUUCAGGUAGUGACGUUAUUUUUAGUCUGAUUUUCUCAUUCACCAUGUCCAUGGUUGGUAAGCUGUACUGAAAAAAAAAAAGUCUGCCAAUUAAUUUCAGAUCACUUUGUAGAGGAGAGAGGGCACUCUGUGACAUGAGGGUUGUAGGGAAAAAACACAGUGAAUGGAACAUUUAGCUUUUUUUCUUGUUGUUUCAUUGCAAGCCUGUUCCAAGUGUCUUACUGCACCGGUAUAAUCUAUAGAGUUGAUUUGUGUAGUUGCCCUCAUUGCAUGUUCAGCUUGUCAAUCAGACCAGGCCAGGUAACACAAAGGUAGGUUGUCUCUGCAAGGCCCUCGCUAAGACCGGCAAACGCCCAUCUCUGCUCUGUACAAAGCCAACCUUUCUGCUAUCAAGCCUGCGACAUAUCUUAAGAUACUGUAAGCACUGCUAGAUGAGUACUAUUUGAUAUUUUUAAUAUAAGAUUAAAAUGGAAUAAAAAAUGUUGUAUUUUACUUCCUUUGAGAAGAAUUUCAUUAUACUGUAAUAUUGAGACUAAAUGUCAAUGUGAACUUUUCUCCCCCUUUUUUUUAGUAAAAUAAAAGUUACCAAAACACUCUCA